GCAGUUGUUAUAUACUUUCAGCUGUUCGUAUUUUGACUGCUCCUUUCAUAUUUCUUUCAUAUUCUUGCAUAUCCACAAAUCACCAUGCUGGCAGCGACUCGUGCCUCUACCUCGUCUCUUCGAGUCGCCAGUCGGGCUGUUGUCGUUGCAGGUCAGCGUCAGGCUGCCAUAUCAGCCAUCAGAAGGAGAGAAAAUGUUUCUGUGAGGUCAAUUCAAACUGUUGCACAAACUGACAGAGACAUAAUAACUCGACUCCUCUACUCCCUUGGUUCUAAAAGAGAAGUGGAGCGUCACCUACGUAUCUUCUCUUCUUCAUCACACCCUUCGCAACCCGCCAAAUUCGCAGUUAUCAAAGUCGGUGGUGCCGUCUUCGAUGAAUUGGAUGAGUUGGCUCUUAGUUUGAGCUUUCUUUACCGAGUUGGCUUGUAUCCAGUUGUGCUCCAUGGAGCUGGACCACAGAUGAACGAUAUCAUCGAGAACGAAGGUGUCGUCCCUGACUAUGUUGACGGAAUCAGGGUUACCGAUUCGAAAACUCUUCAAAUCGCCCGUCGUGUUUUCCUGGAGCAAAACCUAAAACUCGUAGGAGCCCUAGAAAAACUUGGCACUCGUGCUCGUCCCAUUACCUCUGGAGUCUUUACUGCAGACUAUCUGGACAAGGACAAGUAUGGACUUGUGGGCAAGAUCACGCGCGUAGAUAAGAGGCCCUUGGAGGCUUCCAUCCGAGCUGGCGCUCUUCCCAUUCUCACCAGUCUUGCCGAGUCGGCGGAAGGUCAGAUUCUGAAUGUCAACGCUGACAUAGCCGCUGGAGAGCUAGCAAAGGAGCUCGAGCCUAUGAAGAUCGUGUUCCUCAACGACAAGGGUGGCAUGUACCAUGGUGUCACUGGCCAAAAGUUGGAUGUUAUUAACUUGGAUGAGGAAUAUGAUCAACUUAUGAAAGAACCUUGGGUCAAGUACGGCACCAAACUCAAGUUGCGCGAAUUCAAAGAGCUCCUCGAUCACCUACCCCGGUCUUCUUCUGUCGCCGUGAUCUCCGCCUCCAGUCUUCAACGGGAACUCUUCACCGACAGUGGUGCUGGUACCCUUAUCAGGCGAGGAUACAAGUUAUUCAAGCAUGAAAGUAUCGAUAGCCUCGGUGCUGAUCGUCUGCGACAAGUCAUCCAUGACCGCGACCCCGAUGUAGCAGCCGGACAGAGUAUUGCUGGUAUUCUUAAUGAUCUUAAAAAGACUCCUUAUACAAUCUACGGUGAUGAGCCUUUGGACGCAGUAGCCAUUGUUUCACGCCCAGAGGGUGAAGUGCCUAUCAUGACCAAACUUCUUCCCUCACGCAGUGGCAUACUCAACAGCGUCGUCGAUAACGUCUUCAGUGCCAUCAAGAAGGAUCACCGCCGUCUGUUCUGGACUGCACAGGUGGAUGACGAGAACCGUUCGUGGCACUUCGAGCGCGCGGAAGGCAGCUUCACUCGUGCUGGCAAGAGCUUGUUCUGGUAUGGCGUAAACGAUGUCUCAGAGGUUGAGAGGAUUGUGAAAAGCUUUGAGGAGAAGGGCAGGAUUGAGCGGUCCUACCUCCCUGUUGGACCCGCAGCUGCUCGUGCUGGAGGUGCCAGUGGCGCAAGGUCUUACUCCACACUUGCGCGAAGGACUGUGCCUUCUGGAACUCGCGGUUAUGCCACUUCUGCGACCCGUGGUUAUGCUACAGCUGCCACGCCACCGCCAGCCUCCACUGAACGAAAGAGGUUGGCAUUGAUCGGUGCUCGUGGGUUUACGGGACAGGCCCUGACAAGCCUCGUUUCCAACCACCCUUACCUUGAUAUCACCCACGUUUCAUCCAGGCAACUUGCUGGCUACUCUCUGCAAGGCUACUCUAAAGAGCCUAUAACUUACUCGAAUCUAUCUCCUGAAGAUGUCGAGCGAAUGGAGAAAGAUGGCGAGGUUGAUGCGUGGGUUAUGGCACUCCCAAAUGGUGUCUGCAAGCCAUUUGUAGAUGCUAUUGACCGUGGUGCGAAGGAGCGCAAGUCUGGUGCUACCAGUGUAAUCGUAGAUCUAGGUGCAGACUACCGUUUCGAGAACGAUUGGACGUACGGGUUGCCUGAGCUCUAUGGUCGUGAUGUCGUUCGCACUUCGAAAAGGAUAUCGAAUCCUGGGUGCUAUUCCACUUCCUCCCAGCUGUUGAUUGCACCUCUCCUAAAGUACCUCAAGCGUGACGCUUGGCCUACCGUCUUUGGCGCAUCUGGAUAUAGUGGCGCGGGGACCAUUCCUGGGAUCAAUGAUCCGGAUGGUAGACCUACUACUGUCCCUAAAGUAACUUCCGAGAGCCUCGGUGGUGGGAUCCGACCGUACGCACUCACAGAUCAUAUCCACGAGCGCGAAGCUGGUAGACAUUUAUCGAACCUGUUGAGCGACCCUUCAAAUCCGAUGAAGCUGGCCUUUAUUCCCGUCGUCUCUCCAUGGUUUAGCGGCAUUAUAUCCACUCUUUCGAUGCCACUGAGUGAAAAGGUGGCCGCGCGUGAUAUCAAGCAGUUGUAUGAGGAGAAGUAUACUGGUGAAAAACUGAUUCAAGUGAAGCAGGAGGUACCUGGGUUGCAGGACAUCGAGAACAAGCAUGGGUGGACGGUUGGUGGGUUCCAGGUCCACAGCGAGGGCGACCGGGCUGUAGUUGUAGGUGGUCUUGACAACCUUCUCAAGGGUGCUGCCACUCAAUGUCUCCAAAACUUAAACCUUGCGCUUGGGUACGACGAAUACGCAGGAAUUCCCACUGAUUAAACUGGAAGCUGUUAUUCCGAUUUCAGACUGAUAGAUCUGUAUCUUGUAUCAUGAUUACAUCUUAGGAGUAUAUGGGGAGAAGCGAAAUUGAAGACAUCUCUAGCCGUAAUGAGGAGUGGUUUCAAUUCUUGCUUGAUCCUUGAUCCGUGCACUUCUGUACAAGAGCCUCAGUGCUGAGUUAGCGCUGAAGGGGUCACAUUGAUUGACAGCCUCGCGGUUGUCAGUGUUAACGUUGCUGCCGCCAUCAGCGCUGAACAAAGAGCGCCAUGUUGACGACAGUAAGCGCCCAGGGCACGACUUUUUGCCACCAAAAAUGGAUAUGUUGUAUAUCCGGUCUUGUUGAAGACCUGGGAUUUCCAGCCAUACCCUCCCAGACCCGGCGGCGAUGUCGAACAGUAAUCGAG